AUGGAGCUGGCAAUUGAACAAGCAGGACUGAGGUUUACUGGCUGGAUCUCGUCCUGCUUGUUUUGUCUAUCAUCACCCGCGGAUAAUAACAGUCCUCAUGCUGUCGAUUAUAAAGGUCGAAGAGGACACGAACAAAGGAAGGGGCUAUGCUACCAUCAGCCACACCCUGUUCCCGCCAUGACGCCGGUCUCCCGCAAUGACCUCUCUGCUGCUAACAUCAAUUCUCCUCGUGCCGCAUCUUCAUCGCUACAGACAAUGGAGGGCAAGGACCUAAUGUUGAAUGCGCGGAGGGCAUCAAGGGCUUCGAACCGGUUAAGCGGCCUCUCCUUCAAAAGGAAAUCCUCCAGGCCUUUGACUAUUAGCGCGCCGACGGAUUUUAGAAACGUGGAAUCGUUCUCGCAGUGCUUUUCCUCGGAGCAGUUCCAGUUCCAGCCUCUGGAGCUGAACAUCCACCGUCCUGGGAAUCGGUUAUCGGAUCUCCCUACGUUUGAGAGUUUUCAGCCAGGAAACGAGUCGUCUCUUCGUCUACCUCCCAGAGCUCUCUCUAUGUCUUACGAUAUUUCACGCUCAUUAGAGUAUUAUUGUCCCGACCACUUCAGGGUUCCCCGUAAACCUGUUGGCUCGGGGCCCAGACGAGCCUCAGUUGCUAGCCCACUUGAACUGUCCCUGGAGAAACGGGCAUCUAUAAGUGCCACCAGUCCCUUAAUCCCACAUUUCUCAACACUGGUUUCCCAGAGGAUCUCGGUGUUCGGGGAUGCUUUCGCACUAUUGCCGCAGACUGCUUCCACCGAGUUGGAGCUGGACGGCAGACGCGGUCACGAGCAAGCGCUGAAAAACGACCAGUAUAGCAACAUCGCACGCGCAAAACUAUCCGUAAACCUGCAGGGCAGGUCUUCCAAUCCUACAACACCCCCAGGACGUUUCUCGUCUACUAUUGCUUCUCCAGUAGUCGCUGAAAGGGUACAUACACCUCCAUCACCUAAGACUCCCUGCCCCAGCCCUUUCGCAAAGUGGUUGUCUACAAGCGAGGACUCUUCCAUUCCCUUAAUGACGACUAAAGAAAGCAUUGAUUAUCCUAAUCAUGACCGAUUGCGAACUCUAAGUGGGUCCACUUUAUCUCCGAGUUUGACGGAAGGGAUAGAAGCGGUUCGCUCGCGUGGCAGCACGACAGCAGUGCAAGCUACUCUUCUGGAAGCCCAUGCGGAAAAGACUGUUGAGCUGAUGGACAUUUGGCCUCAUCCCUUACCCCUAAUCUCAAGGCGGGAUUUUUCUUCAAUUUCUGAUGAACCGGUUCACCCUACCAUGCACAAGGGGAAGCAGCAGGAGGGCUACAGUUAUAGUCAUAAUUCCUAUGCAUCUCAUCGGGAAUCGCCCAUUGGUUUGGCAUUUUAA